AUGCGCAGCCGUCAGGUCAACCAUGUUGACGCGGGCGCCUCAGUGACGGCGCCCGACCUACCGCCAGCGGUCAAGGACCGUGGCUACAUGAUCACGACUAAUCGCAGAAAGGUCGGGGAGGGCCAGAAAGUGUACGAUGCGGCGGUCGCAGCCAUUCAGAAGUGGGAGCAGCUGCAGCUGGGUUGGAACUUCACCACAAAGCCCGCCGUGAAGACCGGCACCAAGAUCUGCUCGGCCACGCAGACCGUGAUCCCCUGGACUGUGCUGCCAGCCCAGGUGGUCUACUCCCAGGACGAGGCCGCGGACUUUGGCGGCGGCGACAAAGGUCGCCGGUUUGCUGUGGGACUGGCGUCGCUGUCCGGCCACCUGCUGGCCGGGGAGGAGCGCUUUGCGGUGGAGCUGCAUUCAGACGGCUCUGUUUGGUACGACGUCUUCCUGUUCUCCCGCCCCAACACGCUGCUGGCCUGGGCCUCCCUGCCGGUCAUCAAGCUGAUGCAGAUCCGCUACGUCAACGACUCCAUAUCUGCGCUGGCGGCCAGGGUGGCGUGA